AUUUGAUUUCCGUGGCAGAUGCCCAGCGCUCUAUGCUCCUGCCCCAGCAGUACUGAGCAGAGUCCCGUGGACCCCCAUGGCUCCCCCCGUGGAGGGAACGCCCCUGGCCCGCUGCCUCGUCCUGCUGCACAGCCUGCUGCUGCUGUUGCCCAGAGGAGUGCCCUGCCGGGGGGCCACACGGGCCCCGGAGUCCCCCUGCCAUAGAGCUGAACACCCACUCAUCUCUCACACAGAAAUCGAGCCUUGGAUCCACCGAUUCAGAGCUGAGGGCACCGUCGAUUAUUCACAGCUGACCUUUGACCCCGGCCAGAACGAACUAAUCGUGGGUGCAAGAAAUCAUCUCUUCAGGUUACAUUUGGAGGAUAUUUCAUUGAUCCAGGAGGCAGAAUGGCAUUGCGAUGAGUUUACCAAAGGAGCCUGUUUCAGUCGAGGCAAAUCAGAGGAGGAGUGCCAGAAUUACAUCCGUGUUCUACUCGUCAACGGCGACAGGCUGUUUACAUGCGGGACAAAUGCAUUCACUCCAAUUUGCACCAACCGCACGCUGACUAACCUGACCGAGGUCCAUGAUCAAAUCAGUGGGAUGGCACGGUGCCCCUAUAACCCUCUGCAUAAUUCCACUGCCCUCAUCACUUCCAGCGGGGAGCUGUAUGCCGCCACAGCCAUGGACUUUUCCGGCAGGGACCCGGCAAUCUACCGAAGCCUGGGAGGACUUCCACCUCUGCGUACUGCUCAAUACAACUCCAAAUGGCUCAAUGAGCCCAACUUCGUUUCCUCCUACGACAUCGGCAACUUCACCUACUUCUUCUUCCGUGAGAACGCCGUGGAGCAUGACUGCGGCCGGACGGUGUUCUCUCGCGCCGCUCGCGUCUGCAAGAACGACAUCGGGGGCCGUUUUCUGCUGGAGGACACCUGGACCACCUUUAUGAAGGCCAGGCUUAAUUGCUCACGGCCGGGCGAGAUUCCAUUCAACUACAACGAGCUGCAGGGAACCUUUUUCCUGCCUGAGCUUGAGCUUCUCUAUGGGAUUUUCACUACUAAUGUCAACAGCAUUGCCGCAUCAGCAGUGUGUGCCUUCAAUCUGAGCGCUAUUACCCAAGUGUUCAGUGGGCCUUUCAAGUACCAGGAGAACUCACGCUCCGCUUGGCUGCCCUACCCCAAUCCCAACCCUGACUUUCAGUGUGGCACUAUAGAUUACGGCUCCUAUGUGAACUUAACGGAGAGGAAUUUGCAGGAUGCCCAGAAGUUCAUUCUGAUGCACGAGGUGGUGCAGCCCAUCGUUCCUGUGCCAUACUUCAUGGAGGACAAUGUGCGCUUCUCCCAUGUGGCCGUGGAUGUAGUGCAGGGCAAAGACAUGCUCUAUCACAUCCUUUAUCUAGCAACAGAUUACGGUACUAUUAAGAAGGUGCUCUCUCCGCUGAACCAGACCACGGGCAGCUGUUUGCUGGAUGAGAUUGAGCUUUUCCCCCCAAAGAAGAGGCAGCCAAUCCACAGCAUGCUCAUACUUCACAGCCGCAGUGAGCUAUUUGUGGGAGUCAGAGACCAGGUCAUCAAAAUCCCCCUGAUGCGCUGCAACUUCCACAAGUCUAGAGAUGCCUGUGUGGGGGCCAGGGAUCCGUACUGCGGCUGGGAUCUGGUGCUCAAGAAAUGCACCACCCUGGAAGAAAGUGUCAGCAUGAGCCAAUGGGAGCAGAGUAUCACACGGUGUCCUGUGAGGAAUGUGACUGUGGAUGGUCAUUUUGGAGCCUGGUCAGGAUGGAAAGCUUGCAGUCAUAGUGAUGGCGGCAGUGUUGGUUCAUGCCAGUGUCGUACUCGAGCAUGUGACAGCCCGAGCCCUCAGUGUGGAGGGCAGCCGUGCCAAGGAAUCAGUGUUGAGGUGGCUAACUGCUCCAGAAACGGGGCAUGGACGCCAUGGACGGCAUGGGCUCCUUGCAGCACUAGCUGCGGGAUCGGUUUCCAGGUCCGACAGCGUUCCUGCAGCAACCCCACUCCCCGCCAUGGAGGACGCGUUUGUGUGGGCCAGAAUCGUGAAGAGAGAUACUGCAAUGAGCACCUGCCCUGCCCCCCACAUGUCUAUUGGUCAGCAUGGUCUCCAUGGGAGCGCUGCACAGUUCCAUGCGGCGGUGGGAUCCAGUCGCGACGACGAACGUGCGAGAAUGGAAACGACUGCCCUGGAUGCAGCAUUGAAUUCCAGUCCUGCAAUACCCUCCCUUGCCCGGAUCUAAAGAAGACCACUCCCUGGACCCCAUGGAUGCCGGUGAAUAUCUCAGACAAUGGAGGCCACUAUGAGCAGCGGUUCAGGUACACCUGUAAGGCGAGGGUCCCGGAGCCCAGCCUGCUGGAAGUAGGGAGACAGCGGAUUGAGAUGAGGUACUGCUCCAGCGACGGAUCCACGGGAUGCUCCACAGACG